AUGAUCAACACAAAGAACAUUCUCGCCAUCAUUGCACUGGCUUCGUUGAGUCUCGCCCAUCCAGGAAAGAGAGAUGACGAACACAUCACACUCGGCCCUGGGCCCGUUGUUCCCAGCGGCUGCUACACCGCAACCACGACCCUCCCUUUCACCGGGCAGAUAAAUUGCCCAGUGCAGCCAGUUUGUGGACCUUACCCAGACUGUAUCUUGCACAAAGAGAUCACCGCCUUAGUACCUUGCAAGAACGACAAGUGCCCCGUCACCCCAACUGCGACGGUCACAGCAUCCGGGACUUGCCCAACGUGUCAGACCGGAUGCGCGACGGUCUUUGCGACGACUACUGCUACCACUGGAUGCUCGACGACUAGCAGUGUCACCACACCAAUUUAUUAUUAG